AUGUAUACCCACCGCCGCAACCGUCACCCUCAACUCUCAUCUCCGGCCCGCAGCCCAUUCCCACCGUCGCAGGGCUCACCCUUCUUUGGCAACAUACCUCAUCCUUCAAACUCCCACUAUGAGGAACAAGAGACGUUCGAAGAUCCUCGAUGCGAUUACCUGGGCUACGCAGCGCCAAGAUAUGACAGAGACAACAGCGAUGACGAACACCGUCACAGCACGCAGUCAUACAUCCACUGGCCUCCCGGCCCCUCGUACUGGGAGACCACACAGCGCGCUCGUCUCCCAGCCCAUUAUCUACUCUCUCCAUGGAGAGACGCCCAUAGGUCCAGAUUACGCCCCGAGAGAGAAGAACCAACAGAGACGUCAUUCGAUAUCAUCCCAAGCAUCGAGAACGACGAGCAGCCCUCGCCAGUCUUCCCCGAAACCCAGUGGGUAAGUGACUCGUCCGGGACGUCCCUACCGACCCCCGCAUCCGAAACAUUCACAUCACAAUCCCCUUCCUUCAGCGACGACUCCAUAACCCCGGAACUCCAUCACCACCGCCACCCCCGGAACCACAUCCCCGACUACGUCCGCUCAACACCCGGAUCAUCCCCCCUCACCUCUCCAUUCCUAUCCUCGUCUUCAGAGGACAUGAACGACCGCAGCGCAACAGCUCGACCCCCGACGCCACCCCGGCGCCGACAACACGCUCCGUCUCCGUCACCACCUCCGCCCUCAGUACACGCUCAUCUGCCCGCCUUGCCGUUCCGCCUCAGUCGUCAGGCGGGCAACCCGCACCUUCGGGCCAGGAUACUGACCCCUCCCGCUUUACAGGCCUCGCGGGUUGAUACGUGUGAUACCCCGUGGAAGCCUCAGCGGUGUCGUUGCGGGGAGUGUUUCUGUAGGAACCUGGUGGAUCGGAAUGGCGGGGUUGUGGUGGUUGAUGCGGGGAGGUUUUGUGCGUUUUGUCGCGAGAACCACUGCUGGGUUUGA